AGACUGUGAGACUGUACGGUUUUUCUCUCGCUUUCUCUCUCGCUUCCUCUGGUUUGAAAGUACGGACUCUGAGCGUCUUUAAUGGCUUAGGGUUUUGUUCAAAGAGGAGCUGUUUUUCCUUUUUUCCUUUUUUUUCUUGUGCUCCUCUUUUUGAGAGUUGCAAGUUCUCGGAAAAUCUAGUCACUCGGCCAUUCGGAGCAGGUUCGGGAUCGCGAUCUACGGCUGGGAACCCGGAAUGGACGGAAGAUGAACGGAUAAGGUUUUGAGAUUCGAGCGUCGCUCGCCUGGGGCUUCCGUAAACCAGGAUUGCUUCGUUGUCUUCUACUUCUUGGGUGCCUGGUGUUGUUCUCUGUAAGGCGAAAUGCAGCGCCCUAUUCCCAUGGAGGACUUCGCUCUCAAGGAGACGUCACCACACCUUGGCGGCGGGGGUGUCGGCGGUGACAAACUCACGAGCACCUAUGACCUAGUGGAGCAGAUGCAGUACCUUUACGUCCGCGUCGUCAAGGCGAAGGAUCUUCCUGCCAAGGACGUCACCGGGAGCUUGGACCCCUAUGUCGAAGUGAAGCUUGGCAAUUACAAGGGGACGACCCGCCAUUUUGAGAAGAAGACUAACCCUGAGUGGAACCAAGUCUUCGCCUUCUCCAAGGAUCGGGUGCAAUCCAACCUGCUCGAAUGUGUCGUCAAGGAUAAGGAUCUGGUGAAGGAUGAUUUCGUGGGCAGAGUGGUCUUCGACCUCAACGAGGUCCCCAAGCGUGUUCCGCCCGACAGCCCUUUGGCCCCUCAGUGGUACAGGCUCGAGGAUCGCAAGGGCGAGAAGUCAAAGGGUGAGCUCAUGCUGGCUGUGUGGAUGGGUACCCAGGCAGAUGAGGCAUUUCCAGAAGCGUGGCACUCUGAUGCGGCCGCUGUUCCCGGCGACGGCCUAGCAAACAUCCGAUCGAAGGUAUACCUCUCACCUAAGCUUUGGUAUGUUAGAGUCAAUGUAAUCGAAGCUCAGGACUUACAGAUUAGCGACAAGGGUAGGUAUCCGGAAGUUUAUGUUAAGGCAAUGAUAGGCAACCAGCUUUUGAGGACUAGAGUGUCUCCAAGUAGGAAUGCUAAUCCUCUCUGGAAUGAAGAUCUGAUGUUUGUUGCGGCGGAGCCCUUUGAGGAACACUUGGUACUGAGUGUGGAGGACAGGGUGGCGCCUGGAAAGGAUGAGGUAUUGGGGAAGACUGUCAUCCCCUUGCAGAGUGUAGACAGGAGAUUGGACUCUAAGGCUGUGAACACCAAGUGGUACAAUCUUGAGAAGCAUGUGGUUGUGGAGAACGGUGGCGAGCAGAAGAAGAAGGAGGUCAAGUUUGCUAGCAGGAUUCACCUGAGGAUCUGCUUGGAUGGUGGGUACCAUGUUUUGGAUGAGUCUACACACUAUAGCAGUGAUCUGAGACCGACUGCCAAACAAUUGUGGAAGCCUGCGAUUGGGGUCCUGGAAUUGGGUAUCUUGAAUGCACAGGGUUUGCUGCCGAUGAAGACAAAGGAUGGGAGGGGGACAACAGAUGCUUACUGUGUUGCCAAGUAUGGGCAGAAGUGGGUUAGGACCAGGACAAUCAUCGACAGUUUUACACCAAGAUGGAACGAGCAGUAUACUUGGGAGGUGUUUGAUCCUUGCACUGUGAUUACUGUGGGAGUUUUUGAUAAUUGUCAUCUUCUAGGGGAGAAAGCUUCUGGAAACAAAGAUUCAAGGAUUGGGAAGGUGAGGAUACGCCUCUCGACCUUGGAGACAGAUCGUGUUUACACGCAUAAUUAUCCUCUGCUUGUCCUGCAUUCUUCUGGGGUGAAGAAGAUGGGCGAAGUUCAUCUGGCGGUUCGCUUUACAUGUUCUUCAUUGCUCAAUAUGUUACACAUCUACUCGCAGCCUCUGCUGCCAAAGAUGCAUUACCUUCAUCCCCUUUCCGUUACUCAGCUAGAUACUCUUAGGCACCAAGCUACUCAGAUUGUAUCCAUGAGGCUGAGCAGAGCUGAACCACCUUUAAGGAAAGAGGUGGUGGAGUAUAUGUUGGAUGUCGAUUCUCAUAUGUGGAGCAUGAGGAGGAGCAGGGCUAAUUUCUUGAGGAUAAUGAAUGUCCUGAGUGGAUUGAUAGCAGUAAGCAAAUGGUUUGAUCAGAUAUGCAAUUGGAAGAACCCGUUGACAACCAUUCUGGUUCACGUGUUAUUCCUGAUCCUGGUUCUGUAUCCUGAGUUGAUUCUGCCGACGAUAUUUCUCUACAUGUUCCUGAUUGGUAUAUGGCACUUCAGGUGGCGGCCGAGGCAACCGCCUCAUAUGGAUGCUCGAUUGUCUCAUGCAGAAGCUGUUCACCCUGAUGAACUGGAUGAGGAAUUUGACACCUUCCCAACCUCUCGUCCAAAUGAUAUAGUGAGGCUAAGGUAUGAUCGCCUGAGGAGUGUCGCAGGGAGGAUCCAGACUGUGGGGGACUUGGCGACCCAAGGUGAGAGGCUGCAGUCCCUGUUGAGCUGGAGGGAUCCACGGGCAACUGCCCUGUUUGUGACUUUCUGCUUCAUUGCCGCUAUUGUUCUUUAUGUUACCCCGUUCAGGGUGAUGGCCAUCAUCGUUGGAUUUUACCUGUUGAGGCAUCCCAGGUUCAGGCACAAGCUCCCUUCCGUCCCUCUCAACUUCUUCAGGAGGUUGCCUGCGAAGACCGAUUGCAUGAUAUGAAAAAGCCAUCCAUGGUGUAGAAGGCAAUCGUUUAACGUCCAUGUGUCCUCUACAUGUCGUUAUGGGAUAUGCUUGGCUCACCAGUGUGCUUGCCGAUGGUUGCAGCAUCCUUGCAAACUUCCUGUUUUCUCGAUGGCAAAUGGUUUCUUAGUAUGUGAUGUAUAAUUUUGAAUUGGUACGUUUCGUUGUCUAAGUUCGUGUUAAACAUUUGAAAUUUCUAAUUCCUCCGUUUGCUUC